AUGGCUUUCAAGAAACACCAAGCGAAGGCGACAAGAUCCAAUCUAGCUACCGUUCUUUCAGACGAUGAAACCGCUUUUGCAACAACAGGGAUGAAAGCUACAGGGACUGCUGUGGUGCCAUUUAUUUUCAUCUUCUCUGGGUUUUUCGACAUUGCUUUUACUCCAUUGCUCUACGCUUAUAUCUGCGAAAUUUGGUCGUAUAAUUUGCGCGCUCGUGGCCUUUCAAUAGGUCUAUUGUCCACACAGCUUGCUGUCUUCUUCGACAUUUUCGUCAACCCCAUUGCUCUCAAGUCAAUCGAAUGGCGAUAUUAA